AUGGAUAAACAUGAUCUCCUUGACUUUUUCUUUGAACAUACCCAUGAUCUAAACAAAGAGUUCAUUGCCAAUGAAAUCUUUAAAUAUGUGGACCUUGAUGAUAUAGAAGCAUAUGGAUUCUCUGAUCGUCUACAGUCACUUGAUGGUCUUCACUUUGCUCAAAGAUAUCGUGAUCACCUUCCCGCCGACGUGUUGUACUUUGCCGCCGCCACCCAUGGCGACCUCGAGCUGGCGCAGUGGACAAGUGCUCAUUGUUCAGAGAGGCCCACUUUCAAACUUCUUGCCGCCCAAGCACUGAGACAAGGACAUCAAGACGUCGCAUUCCACCUAAUGGACUAUUGUGUUGUGGGCAACACCACGUCAUCAAAGUGGCUAUUAAAGUGCCAGAUACACGACACGAUCAUCUCUAUGGAGCUACUCCAGACACUGGCCACUCACUUCAAUGUCCAACUUGAUCAACAGAUAUUCUUGUCGCCUGGAAUGACACUGGAAAUGUAUGAAUACCUAACCAAAGCAUACUUUGACCAAAUGAGCAUAUAUGGUCAAAGUGUUGUCGAAGUGGACUUGAUGUGGAAUCCAAAGUUCAUGAUGAUCAAGGACAUGAGAUUGAUCAGUGAGUUGAUUGAUCGACAUGUUCGAGAGCUACAUCCAUGUGUGGUUGUCAACGCUAUCAAGGCCGAACGUGAUGAUGUUCUCCAAGUGAUUGAGGAAACUGGAUACAUGGUUGGAAUGGAGAUAUUGGAGAAUCUGCCCUCAGUCGCUCAAGUACGACGUCUAUUCAACUCUGGCCUUUUGUCCGAGAGAUGUCCAACCUUACCCAACCCUCCACUCUUGAUUAUUAUUCGCCUAAAUGACUUGUCAUUGUUGAGCGAGUUCCAUGAACAAUACGGCCAUAUCAAGAAAAUCUCAUCACAUCGGGCAAUGUCCGAAGCGGCUAGUACUGGCAACGUUGACAUCGUUCGAUACAUCCAUGAGAACAGACCGUCCAAUGAAUGUAAUGAUCUCGCAUUACUUGGUGCAGUAUGGGGAGGACAUUUGGAUGUAGUCAAGUAUCUACUUGAGAAGAUCAAUGGCAUCAAGUGGAACUUGACACAUCUAGGUCAAUCUUUAUUAUAUGGAUAUAAUAUUGAUGUUGUAGAUCAUAUCAUACAACAACAACAACAACAACAACAACAACAACAACAUUCUGACUUGAACUUGACAAAUAUCAUCAAAGGCGUUCAAUAUGGAUAUCUACCAUUGGUCAAGGCAUUCAUUGAUAAACAUCUAUUAUUACCAUACAUUGAGGUGGACCUCGAAUGUCUACUCCAAUUGGCAUAUGAACGUGGACAUCUCUACUUCAUAGAUUACUUCAACAACUUAUUAUUAAUACUCCAGAAUGGCAAAAACGUCCCUUGUUAA